UUUUUCUCUCCGUCUUGUGGAAGUAGAAGGAAGAAAGGAAGAAAGGAAGAAACAGAUGGAAAAAAAACAACAACCGAACGAAAUCCUACUGGUCCACUGACGAUGUCUCCACCACUCUCGCGGGGUCGUUUAUUCCGGAAUAAGGAGCCUGUCCUGGACCACUUAGCCUUGCAAUUGGAGUUAGAUUUCCUUAUGCCUGGACAGACUGCAAGCAAUCAAUAGAUAAGCAGCUCGUAUUUCUGGAAAUAUAUGGAGGCCAUUUGCUCUCGAACGUUUCACACUGAAUUCUUAGAGCUCGAUUGAAGCAAUGAGUCAAUUAGAAGUUCUUUAGAGAGCUGAACUUACGUAUUCAUGGUGUGGAUUUGAAUUCUGUGUGGAAUUAUUUGAAAAAAAAAAAAGUGUUUGCUUCAUAUUUAAUUGUUUCGAAUUUUGCUCUAUCUAUUGCUACGAUGUUGCUACCUGUGCCCGUGCUUUCAAUUUGCACCGUUUAAGUUACUUUUAUUCAUUUUAAAAGUAGUUUAGGCAUUUUGAAUAAAUUAUUAGCCAACCUUUGUGGUAGAUUUUGCAAACAAAUCAGAGGUAAUUUUUAAAUCAGUAUGCACUGUAUCAGCAAGCGACAACUGACCUACCUUGCCCUGACCUUUCCUGCCUUGGUGUACCUCUUCCUGAUGUUCUCCGUCAUUGGGCAGGUGUGCUUCAAGACAGACGUGGAUCAUGAGCAAGUCAACACUGACUAUAUUGAUGUAGUGAAGACGUUCCAAAAAAGGGCAGACAGCAGGAUUCUAUCCCGCAGCGAAUUUUUUCAUGAGUCCAUCGAUUCCAGGCGUCUCCUAAAUGCGGGGAACGCUAGAGCACUUCCGUCGCAUGCAUCACCAUUCAACGACUUGAAAAACAGUAACGGUGCUUCAGCGUCGGAGCGUGGGUCUCCUCCCAUGUUUAACUGCUCUUCCAUCUCGCAAAUGAGGAUCCGCAACAAGAUUGGCCACGGGGUUUCCAAGCAGGCCUUCUUGGCGGAGUAUCAAGGUCUCCAGGUGGCCAUCAAGAUGGUGACCCGCCACAUUCACGAGCUCAAGACGUGCCUGGAGCAGCUCCGUCAGCUGAAAGUGGCGCAGGAGAUCAUCUCCAGGUAUGAUGGUCAGACGGGUCAGAAAGAUCAAUUCUCUCACAAGUACUUAGAGAAUCUGGAGAAAGCCUUUUCCAAAGGUGGUGCUUCUCACCAUGAAGUUUUCUUCAACGAUCUCACCAGCUCCAAAGGCAGCAAAUCUGUAAAGGAAGAGAAGUUGCCGCUCCCCACUGUCAAGAUUAGCCCUACAGAACGUCAAAGAUGCUACACUUUUCCCACGGCCAGGCUGAUGAAGGAGAUACUGCUGUCCCAGCAGCUAACUCACCCGAACUUGGUCAAGCUUUUGGGUUUCUGUGUCCGAAGUGAAGAAUCAGAAUCAACGGACAUAUCAGAGCAUGGGGUUGUCAGUGUCUUUGAGCUGGGCAAACACUUUGUGCUAGAUAACCUUCAGAUUCUACCUUGGCCAACACGUUUACGUCAUGCCAGGGAAAUGGCGGACCUGCUCAGCUAUCUGGAGCACUCUCCUUUGGGUUCACUCAUCGUGCCAGACUUCAAAGAGGGUCACCUGCUCAUGGCGAACGGAAGCCUGAAGCUGAUUGACCUCGACGACGUCAACAACCUUGAACCUGAAUGUGACCCCCACAAGCCACAGGAAGGACAGUGUCCCUACAAUCUUAGGUGUGUACGAGCUUUAUGCGAGGGAUUCAAUGCCAAAGAGAAUUUAAAGAACAUGAACUCUCUUGUGCUCAAGAGGUUGUUAUUUCCCUUGUCCUUCCCUGAAAAUGUAGUGCCUAAAAUAGGUCAGCUCAAUGCUCAACUGGACUCUCUGGCCAUCAACGCCGAAGAUCUGAAAGUUCAACUGAGAACCAUUCAACAGCUCCUGGGCAGCUAAUUACCUACAGAGUAAAGCGUUAGUCAUCGCCUAGGUCGUGCAGAUGUUUUUAUAAGUAUCUUGAAAUAGAUGUGAACGAGAGGUCGGGUAGAAGAACAAGACUCUAGAGUUGUAGAAGUAAUUAAGUAAUGGCAAUGUCUUCGAUUCCGAAGAUUAAGAAUGAUUACACAAAGCCAAUUGCUAACAGCAAUUUUUUUCGCAUUGUCCCAAUCAGUGUUUCCCAAAUGGUUUUCAUAACAGACCACUUCACAUUCUCUGAGUAUUUAGAGGACCACUUGGCACUCUCUGAGUACUUAGAGGACCACUUGGCACUCUCUGAGUAUUUAGUGGACCACUUGGUACUCUCUGAGUAUUUAGUGGAUCACUUGGCACUCUCUGAGUAUUUAGUGGACCCCUUGGCACUCUCUGAGUAUUUAGUGGAUCACUUGGCACUCUCUGAGUAUUUAGUGGACCACUUGGCACUCUCUGAGUAUUUAGUGGACCACUUGGUACUCUCUGAGUAUUUAGUGGACCACUUGGCACUCUCUGAGUAUUUAGUGGAUCACUUGGCACUCUCUGAGUAUUUAGUGGAUCACUUGGCACUCUCUGAGUAUUUAGUGGAUCACUUGGCACUCUCUGAGUAUUUAGUGGACCACUUGGCACUCUCUGAGUAUUUAGUGGAUCACUUGGCACUCUCUGAGUAUUUAGUGGACCCCUUGGCACUCUCUGAAUAUUUAGUGGACCACUUGGCACUCUCUGAGUAUUUAGUGGAUCACUUGGCACUCUCUGAGUAUUUAGUGGACCACUUGGCACUCUCUGAAUAUUUAGAGGACCACUUUGCUUAAUAUUUUUUAGAGAGUUUUAAUUACGUUUUGGCCUACUAGUUCACUAUUUCAGUAGUUCGUGGAACACUUAUUCAGGCCUCUGGGAACACUAGGGUUCCGCGGAACACUGUUUGGGAAACACUGGUCCAAAAAUUGUGCGUGUGUGUGUGUGUGUGUGUGUUAUUGUUAACAAUGUCGAAAUUAAAAUACAUUUGCUCAAAUAGUUGUAUAAAUAUUCAAUUAGAACAAGAUUUGAUGACUGAAAGGUUUCUGGUUGGUCAGAAACUUUCGAUGUUAUAGUCAAUUUUUGUACAUUUGUAUAAUUUUAUAAUUAUUAUUAUUAUUAUUAUUAUUAUUUUACAAAUUCUUGUAUUAGCUUGCAAAUUAUUCAUGGGUGGAACCUGGACACUGACCCACUAGCGGAUCCAAAACUUUGGAGUGGGGGGGGGCGAUUUUUUUCCAAACCCUAACCCUAACGCCCAGUAAAACCUAACCCUAUGCAUAACCGUGCGUACAGCACACACACACAAAUAUAUAUGAGAAUAAAAACGCAGCAUUUGUCAGCUUUCAGCGAAAAACAAAACGACUGGGAUAGCGCUAUAAGGUUCCCUAGAGGGGUUCGGGGCGAGGCCCCGACGCCAAAAGCGUUUUCUUGCAUUCUUCCCUGCAGAAACGCAUUCUCCUGACAACUACAGCUCAUUAUUGAUCAGUGGAGUUCUGGGCGAAGCCCCGACGCCAAACGCGUUUUCUUGCUUUUUUCACAGCUGAAACGCAUUCUCCUGACAUCUACAGCUCAUUAUUCAUCAAUGGACUUCGACGCCAAAAGUGUUUGCUUGCAUACUUCACAGAAGAAACGCAUUCUCCUGACCUAAAGCUCAUUAUUCAUACUAUUAAAAAAUGAUCUUUUGAAUAAUGUUGUACUUGAAAAAUAUUCCAAUAUUAAUUUAUAGGCCCUUAAUACAUUGCAAAUAAAACCGAUUUGUUCCUUGAAAAGAUAAGAUACCCCACAUAUUUAGAUUUUGGCUUUGAAGAUCGCCGCCGAAAAAAAUAAUAUUCGAUAAAUAAUAUUCAAUGAAAUAUAAGUACAAAUUUUGAGUUAUAGUCCCAAAUUUAUUUAACUACAAAAAUUUCAGAUUUAGUAAAGAUUGGGAAAAGGCGACUAUGCAAAUAGUACUUGGGUUUAGAACUCAUCUCAAUCAUGACUCUUAUACUGAAAAAUUUCGUUUGAAUUCUAACUUUCUUAAAAUAAUUAUGAUAAAUUCAUGUGAAAUUACAUAAACUCUGUCUGGAAAUGGGAAUGGCGGUAGAGUGAAAACGAUUAAUCCUCGCUCCUUUAAUAAUUUCUGCUAAAGAUUGCAUUUGGCAUUAAAGAAUAGGGGUUGGGCGACUCGAUAUAAGAAUUUAAUUUAUAGUAUAUAUAUAUAAAUUAUAUUAGUGACAGAUUUUUUUUAAUUUUGUAAUUUCUUAACUAUAAUACAAAAAGAAAAAGUAUUGGUUUGUCCGAUAGGGGAAAUGCGAUUGCAUGUAUCGCCCCGCCCACCUGGUACAACCCUUUUUCAUUUAAAUUUAUUAAUGAUAAAAUUUGAGAUUAGAGUGUGGUACGAUAUAAUAUACAAUGGGUUCACAUAUCAAUACGUAGUUUAUAUUAUAUAGAUAUUCAACUAAUUUUGUUCACAAACUAUGUUUCUCCAUAAAAAUAGGACCGCCCCCCCCCACUCAAAGGGCUUAUUUGGGAAGGGCAGUAGAGGUAUUCGCCCCCCCCCCCUUAAAAUCGUCAAACAGGAAACGACAUAACAUAAAGAUUGGUUAAAAUAUCAAUAGCAAGUUUUAAUCAUAUAGAUAUUAAAUUGAUUCUGUUAGCAAGCUGUGAUUUUUACAAAUAAAUUGGACCGCCCUCCCACCCGAAAGUGUAGUGGGGGGGGGGGGCGGGAUUGAUACCAUCGCCCCCUCCUGACUCCACCAAAUCGGCCAACAUACUUGAAAGGGGGGGGGCGAAAUAGUCUAAAAAUAGGUUGAAAUAUAAAUAAUUAGUAUAUAUUAUUAACAUAAGUAAUAAAUUCGUAUACAAAUUGUGUGAAUUCUAUACUAAAAUUCGUCCGCCCCCCCCCCUGGAGGAGGGGGUCGGCCUAGUGGGGGGGGGGGGGCGAUCGCCCCUACCGCCCUCCCUGGAUCCGCCAGUGCACUGACCUCGAAAAUGGCUCUAAUAAUUUUCCUAGAAACUUUAAACAGUUUUUUUAUAUCUUUAGGUGAAAAAAAUCUAGCAAAUAUCAUAAAGGGAAACAUUCUGAUUUAACUAUUAUAGUGUUUUUCAAAAUAUAAUCUUAUCAAAAUUAAAUUUAGUCUGGAGAUCUAUAUAUUGAUUAUGUCAGUGGACAUUUCCACGUAUGUUCAAUUAAGAGUAAAAUAAACACAUUUUUGUAUUUUUGUAUCACCAAACUAGAUUCUAUACAUAUCCCUAGCUAGAUACAGUAUUCAAGCUAAGACUACUGUUUCCAAAUCUGGUUAUUAUCAAACUAGAAUUCUAUAUAUGCUGAGUAGAUUUAUACAUGGGCGUAACCAGGAAUUCUAUAGGUGAUGGCGGAAGGGGAAAGGACUGGUUAAUUAAUGUUCCUUUUUUAUAUAUCCUUCAAUAAUUAUAAAGAGUAGGAUGAUUAUGUUGUAUGUAGGAUUCAUAAAGGAGGAAUUGUCUUGAACAUCUUGUUCAUGUUUUUUGUAUGUUGUGAGUCAAAUAUCUAUGAGAUGUCAGUGAGUCUCGACCAAUACAAAGUUCUCUCCUUGUUUGAUUACCUUUAUGUGUCCGUUAUUGAAUGCAGUCUACUCACUUCACAUCAGCUCUUUCGUGUAACAGUGUAACUUUAACAUCUUUGUUACUGUCGUCACUUGACCGGUCGUUUAAAGCUGUAAACAGAUACAACAACUAAACAGGUGAAGAUGUAUUAAACUCUUAGGCAGAAAUUAAAAUAAACUUGAAAAAAAAAUACUUUUAUACGAAACUGAAUAUAAAGUUUAUAAACAAAUAUACACAGAUUUCAGCUUCAGAGUAGAUGUACGUAGAAAUACAUAUGAAAUAAUGAUAAUUUAAUCAAGAUUUAACUCACCAAAAAACUUGAUUGUCUUGCUGUCACAUUCUGUCGCUUGUUUUCCGUUCCUCAACUUUGUUUCUUGACUCCACAGUGAGAGACCUUCUACUGGUUCUAUCAAAAUCGCUUUAGUCUACACAACCAAACCAUCCGCUCACCUUUAUGCAUGAGUACAAAAGAAACACGCUCAUACACUUCAUACCAGUUACGAGAUCUGAAUCGAGACUAAGAACUCUCUUGGCAUAAAUUGUAAUGAGCAAAUGAAAUUUUACAGUUUUUGUGUUGGUUAAGACUAUUGAAAGCGCUGUGAUUUGAACUUUCAAACGUGCAUAUUAUAUUAAAGAUUAUUCUUUAGUUUGCUUAAGUCUAGUUUCACAUUUAGAUAUUCAUUUUUUCAAGAAGGUUUUCAAUUCUAAAUGUGUGUCUUGCUUUGUUUCAUAGUGUGUGUAUUUGUCUAUGUGAGUGUAUGCAGUUGUACCAACUUGUUAUUAUCGUAGAUUUGUGUACACUGUUCAUUAUAAUACCAAUGUUUGUAUAAUAAAUAAAGCUAAC